ACUUGGUUUUUUUCUUAUUGUGCAGUUCUAGAUUAACGUUUGUAAAUUUCUGAUAAUGUUGCACUAGUAUUAAGAGAAUAGUGUUGCGUAACUGCACCUGCAAUUAGACGGCGCACACAAUUGUUCGAAAACAGCCGUUAUUACUGCCCUGCAGUUUGCUUGCAUGUGUCGAGCUUCGCGUGUGCAUGUGUGAGUGUGUGUGUGUGUCGAGUAGUGAGAAAUUGCACUGCAAAUCGAAUUUUCAAGAUUUCCAAACAAGACCAAAAACGUAACUGCAAUUUAUGUACGUAUGUGCACCUAUAAUUUCAUGGAUAAACGGAUAUAUAAAAUAUGUACAAGAGACAAAGUGACCCGAAGAAGAUGACGCAAAGCGACUGCUCCACGGAUGUGUUGCUGAAUAACUUUCAGCUGAAGAAGAAGAGCUAUCGGGUGCUGUUGCACGGCGACCAUCUCGUCUGGGAGCGCAUGCAACGUGCCACAAAUAAGAGCGACGAGGCGCGCAAACAAGCGCCACUGCCACCCGAACAACAAUUGGCAAACGACAACUGUGCUGGCUAUGACUAUGGUCCACACAGUCACAUCCUGCACAUGGACGACAUCAUCAGUGUGUGUGCAGGCCAAACGAAACAGGAGAGCCUCAAGCCGCCCCAGCUGAUGGAUGUGAAUGAAGGAGGAGGCGAUGCUGCUGCCACCAAGCCAACAUCGCAAUUUCUAACCAUCAACUAUGCGCAACGUCUGACAAAAUCCAAAACGGAUUGCAAUCGCUGGCAACUACGUCGCCUGACCUUCUACAAUGCGGAUGCGUACAUUGUGCGUCAGUGGCAAUGCGGCGUGCAGCGGCGACUGGUGCAGCGAGUGCGUCGAUUGCUCGUCUUCAUCAAUCCGUAUGGGGGCCGGAAGGCGGGCGCCAAUACCUAUGAGCGUCUGGUGCGUCCCCUCUUUCAGCUGGCAGGCAUCGAUGCCACCUGCAUAACGACACAGCGUGCGAAUCAAAUACGUGAUAUACUCCUCAGCCACGAGCUCAGCUGCUAUGAUGCUGUGUGCUGUGUGGGUGGCGAUGGCACUGUGGCGGAGGUCAUCAAUGGUCUGGUGUUUCGCCGGAUGCGUGAAUUGGGCCUCGAUGAGCAGCGACCGGCGUAUAUACCACGACCAAGUUUACCCGUCGCCAUUAUACCUGCCGGCAGCACGGACACCAUCGUUUAUAGCAUGCAUGGCACGGCAGAUGUGCGAACAGCAGCGAUCUAUGUGCUGCUCGGCCAGCGACGUGGAUUGGACGUGUGCAGCGUGAGCAACAAUCGAAGUCUGCUCCGUUUCUGUGCCAGUGUGCUCAGCUAUGGGUAUCUCGGUGAUGUGGCUGCGACGAGCGAACAGUAUCGCUGGAUGGGCACCAAGCGUUAUGAGUAUAGCGGCAUCAAGGCAUUCAUUAGCAAUCGGGGUUACGAUGCCGAGCUGCAGCUGCUCGAAGAGCCCACGGAGUCAGCGGCGAUGACGCCACAGAGUCCGGUUAGUCCGCUGCUCGAUGACCAACGAUCCGUUUGCUAUGCAAAUUGUGCGCGUUGCAGCAUUGCCAGUUCCUCGCUACUCGAACAGCGUUCCACGCUCUUUGAGCAAGACACGCAGGAGGAGCAGGUUCAGGAGAAGCAACAGGAAGAGGAGGAGCAGGAGAAGCAACUGGACGGGGAGGAACAAGCCAACAAGCCUCAGCAGAAACAGGAGCAAGAGCAACCUCAGCAGGAGAACGAGCAGGAGCAGGAGCAAGAGCUGUCUCCGCGGGAGCUGCCACACAACGAGGCACUGCAUCAUCAGCAGGCCAAUCCACAGAUGCUGUUGAAUGCUAUAAGUGAAAUGAGCCUGUUGCGUCCGCGACUCCCGCGUCUCUUUAGUCUCCCGCUGCAGCCAUCGGAUUCGUAUGCCUCCAGUUUGAGUCUACGCAGCGGACUCCAGUGGAAGGUGAUACGUGGCAAUUUCUUUAUGAUUUGCGGCGCCAACAUCACGUGUGCCUGUUCCCGCAGUCCUAAUGGCAUCUCGCGCUACAGUCACCUGGGCGAUGGCUGCCUCGAUCUGAUUCUCGUGCGCAAAACUUCGUUGGUGAACAAUCUGCGGUUUCUCCUGAAUACGGCGGGUCGUGCAGGCGAUAUUCGUAAUUUACCCUUUGUGGAGGUUUAUCGCACGAGAAAGUUCAUUUUCCGUACACUGACAGCGGCUACGGCGGAAGAGAGUCCGAGUAUUGCCGGCUCCCGUCAGCCGAUUGCUCAAAGUGGCAGCGAUACGCUCAGUUCGGAAUAUUCCAGCUGGAAUUGUGAUGGCGAGGUUGUCACCGAUCUGGAUAUAACCAUGAGCUCGCAUUGUCAGCUCAUCGAUGUUUUUAUGCGUGGUCCACAUUCCUAUAGCAAGCCCCAAAAGACGACGACGGGUCAAAGUGUGCCGACAACACCAGCUAGCUCCAGCGAUAAUGUUUAUUGCUGCUGCAAGGAUUGAAAAGCUUUAAAAUUAAAUAUAUUUACAUAUAUAUAUAAUAUAUGAAAGAUAAGAUACAUUGGCCGUGACAGUAGCUAGUAAUGUUUGUAGAGUAUUUGACUAUUGUAUAAUGUGAACAACAAAUUGUUAUGUAUGCUAUAUAUACCAUAUAUCUAUCUAUCAAUUUAUCUAUGUUUAAUGGUUUUUUGUAGUAAUUAGUAAUAACGGUACUCUCUAUUUGAUAUUCAUUUAUUCACCUGUAUUAUGUGUGACUUGUAAGAUGCAAAACAUUAUUAACAACAAACAUUCCCCUCAAUGGUGUGCAUUCAAAACAUAGAUAUUUUUUUACAUAUGUAUGUACAUUAUAUUGAAAAUUAUAUAAACUCAAAAAAUAA